AUGGAUACUGAAGAGGAGGUGGAGAAAGGGGAACCUUUGUACACUCCUGAGGCCCACUGCUUCCUAAAUACAAGCCUUGGGGGUCCAACCCAAAGAGAGAGAAGAGGCAUCUUCUUUUUACUUAUAGCAAGAGGCAUUCUGUGUGCCUUGAUGUUCAUCUUCUGGAAAAAUCGCUUUCAGGAAAUGAGAAGCACUGGCAAAAUGUCAUCAAAUUCAACUGCUUUUGCACUAGUAAAACCCUAUUCUACUGGGUUGAUUAACAGCAAUGCAGACAACAAUCUUUCAAUCAACAGCCUCUCUUGGGAUAUUUUAAAUAAUUUCCCACACUCGAUACCCAUGCAGAAGAGACUAUUGGUAAACCUCAGGAUGGUGGAAUACAAGCUAGCUGAAUUGGAACAUUUCCUAGUUACCAAGGGUUUGAGAGGUGUAUCAGUUGGCUGGAAAUCCACCCAAAAGUAUACAGGAUGUAAUUGCAGUGGUGGAAAUCAUUAAAGACACUUUGAGUAGA